GCCCCCGCAGGGUCUGCCCCGCUGCCCGGGCUGCCCUAUGCCGACACAAGCGCCACACAGAGCGUUCGCGAGACUUUUAGGCAAUGUUGAGAACUUAUCACUGGAGGUUAGUGAAGUUACUCACCGUCACAGCCGCGCUCCUGCUGUCUGCUCACAUCUUACUGAGUAGAGUAACGCUCGGUAAACAUCCGCCAAAGCCAAGUCCCCUUCCUGCGGAGGAAUACCGGCUCAUAGCCCCUGAAACCUACGAGUACGUUCUCAACCGGCCCGCUGUGUGCGGGUCCGGAACCAGAGCCCCCUUCCUGGUUUUUAUGGUCCCAGUUGCCCCUCUAGAGGCCGCGGCAAGGGAGGCAGUCAGGAAAACAUGGGGCGGCCCGGGUCAGGAGGACACCCUCACUCUGUUCUUCGUGGGGCUCCCCGAGGGGGGGCGGGAGUCGUGGCUCCAGGCCGAGCUGGAGGAGGAGAGUAGGACACACGCUGACAUCAUCCAGGUGGACUUCCAGGACAGUUACCGGAACCUGACAAUCAAGACCGUGCAGAUGAUGAGCUGGCUGGCGACCUACUGCCCGAACGCCUCCUACGGCAUGAAGGUGGACGCGGACGUCUUCGUGAACGUCUUCUACCUCCUCCGGAGACUGAGGGGCUCCCCGCGGCGGGGCUUCAUCACGGGCUCGGUGAUAAGCGACGGCCGACCGAGGAGGGACAGCAACAGCAAGUGGCACCUGUCGGAGGAGCAGUACCCGGAAGACAGCUUCCCCCCGUACGUGUCCGGAGCCGGGUACGUGUUCUCCGCGGACCUGGCCCCCAGGAUCACCUGGGCGUCCAGGUUCGUGAGGUUGAUCCCCCUGGAGGACGUCUACGUGGGGCUGUGUCUGCGGGUGCUGGCCGUCCGGCCCGUGUACUCCCUCGGCCUGCCGACCUUCAGGAACCUGUUCGAAGUUCGGCAGCUGGAGUACGACCGGUGCACUUUCUCCCAACUGGUCAUCGCAAACGGGUUUAAGCCGUCCCAGCUGCUGCACAUGUGGCAGGACUUCUCCAAAGGCCACAGCAGCUGCUGACUGACACUUUAACACACCAGUGCCUCAUCGUUAAGCAAUUAUGAAAUGUAUAUUCUGCUGUAAAGGAAAGAAAGCCAUAAGACACACAGCCUUUAUACAGAGGUGUAAAAGAAUGUUCUGAGACCAGUUUGUCAAUGCAUCAAUGCAGUCAAUAAGCCAAAAAAAAGACAAUUAUUGGAAGUUAAUUAAUAAGUGGUUCAAAACAAACCUGAACAUUUCUUCAAAUGUCUUCUUUUGUUUUGACCAACAUCUUCAAUUUUUGCUCGUAAGACAAAGAAAAGCAGCAACUAGAGAACUGCAGAGACACUUCCUGUUGAUUCCACGGGUCCAAUCGAGUCACUUUACAGAGAUUUUAAAGAAUGUAGUUCUUAAAUAAAUAGUGGAGUCAUCGACAAAAUGAGAAAAUGCAGUAAUGGUUCCAUUUUCUCAAAUAGGAGAAUCUGCUGCUUUUCUUCUGUUUUCUCUCAUUUUUUAUAUUCACUUCUGACAUUUUAUAAACAUUAACAAUAAUUUAAAAAAUGAACUCAAAUUAGAGCUACAACUAGCCAAAUAAACUAAACUAAGCUAAACUAUGCAGAAUGUUGUCCAUAGAAUGUUAGGAAAAGUGAAAAAUGACCAUCCCAGUUUAAUCAGGGUGCCAUCACAUCAGUAAUUAACAAGCACCAGGUGACCUUGUAAACCUCCUGCAACUGUAUACUGACGAGAAAGAAGUUCGGAGAAUUAGUCCCAUGAUCAAAAGGGAUCAUUUUUGUCGUCAUUAGCCUAAUCAAUCAUUUGUCUUAGCUCUAAAUGAUAAUGAAGGUAGCUGUUAAAAAAAAGGUGCCGGUUGCAUGAAAAUGAAUAUUCCAAAGUGCAGAGUUUGCAGUUUACACCAAAGAUAAUUUAAAAAAAUCAAUAUUGCUGUAAUUGCUCUUAACUUAAAUGAGCCAUAUGACACUUCUAACAUGAUGUAAGAUAUACAUCACACUGCUACUUUAUAUAUAUAUAUCUAUAGAUAUAGAUAUAUCUAUAUAUAUAUAUAUAACAUAGAGAGCUUCACAGAAUGUAGAUUUAUAAAAAGAACCUGCAGCCUUUUCAUCACGUUGCUGCUGUGCCUUUUUUAUUUAGGUGUCUUAUGACUGUGCCUAUUGAUGUUGUAGUUGCACAUGACGACCAGCUGGUGGCAGCAUGUGCCAGCAGAUGAUUGUAAAUGGACAUUGACUUAGUGCCUGAUGCAGAUAGACUGUAUGACCUUUAUAAUUGUGAAGAAGAUAAUUGAAUAUGCUUCUAGAAGAGCAUUCAACUAUGCAUUUUGUUUCUCUUUUAAGUUCAAGCGGUUUGAUCACUGGAUAUUGAAGCUACAUUUUUUUUUACUGCAUAUUAAUGAGAUCAUAUCCACUUGUUUGUCAGUGAGUAUGUGCAUUAGGAUGUAUCAUGUAAUUCAGUGUAUGUGAAUUACAGUUGUAUUACUGCUGCUAUUGUUGUGCUGUUAUUACUUGAACUGCUGCUGCUGCCUUUGGUAUCACUUUAAGUUUGCCAUGCUGGAAUAAAUGCUGUUUCCAUCCAGACAAAAUAAAAGUCUUGAGCAAAUG